AUGCUGGGAGCCGCCCAGGACGGUGGAUGGCUUUUUUGGGGAGUGAUGGCGUGUGGGAGACGGAGCGGAGACAGAGAGAGGCGAGUGAUCUUGUUUAUUCUGUGUGUUUGCGUGUGUCAGAGCGGGGCUGAAACUCUCCGCUACUCGCUGCCGGAGGAAAUGGAGAGGGACUCCUUUGUCGCCAAUAUCGCCAAGGACCUGGGGGUUCCUCUGAGCCAGCUUGCGGCUCGCAAAGCCCGCGUUGUGUCCGAGGGCGACGAGCAGUUUUUCCGACUCAAUCAAAACACCGGAGUCCUGACGGCAGAGGAAUCGCUGGACCGAGAGGAGAUCUGUCCUCAGAGCGAUACCUGCACGCUAGUCUUUAAGAUAUUCUUUGAAAAUCCGUUGCAGCUUAUCCGAGGGGAGGUGGAAGUUCGUGACGUAAACGACAACUCGCCCGUGUUUCCGGAGAAGGAGAUGGUUUUAAAAAUUAUAGAAACAUCAUCUCCUGGCUCCCGUUUCCCCCUGGAAAGCGCCCAGGACAUGGACGUGGGCAUUAACGGUUUGCAGAACUACAGCCUCGGGCCCAACCCUCAUUUCUCCCUCGCUCUGGGAACAGGAAAAAAUGGAGUAAAAUACGUGGAGCUCGUCCUACAGCAUCAGCUCGAUCGUGAAGAGCAGGGAGAGCUGAAUUUACUUCUGACCGCCACCGACGGGGGGUCACCACCCAGGUCCGGCACGGCUCAGAUCCGGAUCGUGGUGCUGGAUGCCAAUGAUAACAUUCCUGUCUUCGAAAGGGAGACCUACGAGGUGCGCCUGGCUGAGAACAGCCCCCUGGAGCAGCUGGUGGUCAGAGUCUCUGCCGAGGAUCCCGACGAAGGGUCCAACGGGGACGUGCGUUAUGCCUUUACCCAGACAUCGGAGCGAUCCCGGCAGCUCUUCCAGCUGAACCCGACCACCGGUGAAAUACGAGUCGCGGGCAAGCUGGAUUUUGAGGAAGCAAAAUCCCACAAGAUGGUGGUGAAAGCCACGGACGGCGGAGGGCUGUCUGCACAUUGCAAAGUGCAGGUGGAGGUCCUGGACGUGAAUGACAACGCCCCGGAGAUAGCGCUCACCUCCCUCAGCGCCUCCAUUCCCGAGGACGCCCCGCCACGCACCGUGGUGGCUCUGUUCAGUGUGCGGGACCGGGACUCCGGGGACAACGGCAGGACGGAGUGUUCCAUCGACGGGGACUUGCCAUUCAGUCUCACCCCCACUUUUGAUAAUUAUUACGAACUGAGAACAAACGCUGCUCUGGAUAGGGAGAGGACUGCGGAGUAUAACAUCACCAUCACAGCCACGGACUGGGGCAGGAAGCGGCUGAGCUCUCAGGAAAGCAUCUUCGUGCAGAUAUCCGAUGUGAACGACAACCCCCCAGAGUUCACCCAGGAGAUUUACACCAUGUAUGUCACGGAGAACAACAGCCCCAUGCUCCGGAUCGGCAGCAUGAAGGCCACGGACGCCGACGCAGGAAUAAAUGCCCGUGUGAACUACGCACUGGUGCGGCAGGAGGGCAAAGAGCAGCCCGAAGUGUCAGUCAGCGCUGAAGACGGGGAUGUUUAUAUCCUCCGCCCGCUGGACUACGAGAAGGUCCCUGCCUUGGAGGUGACAGUGCGCGCAGCCGACGGCGGCUCCCCGCCGCUCAGCGCCCAGGCCGUGCUGCGCAUCGUCGUGCGGGACGAGAACGAUAACGCGCCCGUGCUGCUGCACCCGGCCCCCGACAGCAGCGCGGCCGGAGAGCUGGUGCCGCGCUGGGCACCCUCCGGCUACCUGGUGGCCAAGGUGGUGGCGGUGGCCGCGGACGCGGGGCAGAACGCGUGGCUGUCCUACGAGCUGGCCAAGGCCACGGAGCCGGGGCUGUUCCGCGUGGGGCUGCACAGCGGCGAGGUGCGCACGGCGCGGGCCGUGACAGAGAGGGACGCGGCCCGGCAGAGGCUCAUCGUGCUGGUGCGGGACCGCGGGCGGCCGCCGCGCUCUGCCACUGCCACCCUUGCCGUGGCACUGGUGGAUGGCUUCUCCGAAGCCCAUUUACGGGUGAGCGAGGAGGCACCGGCCGCCGAGCCCGACGAGCCGCUUACCCUUUACCUCAUCGCCUCGCUGGUCUGCGUGUCGGCGCUGUUCCUCGCCACCGCAGUGACCGCCGUGGUAGUGAAGGUGCGGCGGGCCAGGCGGAGCGAGACGGAGACUUUGCCCACGUUCCCGACGACUGCCACGGAGAGCAGCGCGGGCUCCCUGCCCCGCAGCUACGUGUACGACGUCUGCUUCGCCGCCGGGACCGUCAACAGCGAGUUCCGUUUCCUCAGGCCGCUCUUCCCCUGCUUCCCCGCCGGGCUGCCCCCCGGCCCGGGCGAGCAGCGGAGCUCGGUGUGCUCGCAGGAUGCGGCCAACCUCGGCGGCGAGGGCGACUGGACUGCGCAGGGCAGUGCUCCCGUCUCUGAAGAUACGGGGCCCAGAGCUGCAGGUGCAGUUUGCCCUGCAAACAGGGAGCUGGAGCUAAAUGUCAGUUCUGAGCAAAACCCUUGGCUCGCCCAUCAAUAA